AUGGGCAUCCAGGGCAUGGAGCUGUGCGCCGUGGCCGUGGUCAUCCUCCUCUUCAUCGCCGUGCUCAAGCAGUUCGGCAUCCUGGAGCCCAUCUCUGCCGAAGACAGCGGCGAUCCCGACGUGGAGCUGCCCACGGCCCGGCACCCGCCCGAGGGGCUGGAGCAGCUCCUGGCCCGCACCAAGUUCACCAAGAGCGAGCUGCAGUCCCUCUACCGCGGCUUCAAGAACGAGUGUCCCAGCGGGCUCGUGGAUGAGGAGACCUUCACGCUCAUCUACUCGCGCUUCUUCCCGCACGGCGACGCCAGCUCCUACGCGCACUUCUUGUUCGACGCCUUCGACGCCGACCGCAACGGGGCUCUGUGCUUCCAGGAUUUCGCCCUGGGGCUCUCGGUGCUGCUGCGGGGCACGGAGCAGCAGAAGCUCAAGUGGACGUUCGACCUCUACGACGUGAACAAGGACGGCUACGUCAGCAAGGAGGACAUGCUGGAGAUCAUGAAGUCCAUCUAUGCCAUGAUGGGCCAGCCCGCCCCGGGGCAGAGCGCGCCCGCCCAGCACGUGGAGCUCUUCUUCCAGAAGAUGGACAGGAACGGGGACGGCGUGGUGACCUUCGAGGAGUUCCUGGCCACCUGCCAGGAGGACAAGGACAUCAUGAGCUCCAUGCAGAUCUUCCACAGCGUGCUCUAGACCCUGCUCCCCCCGGAGCUUUUCUGCUGUUUCAGACGAACCAGAGGCAGGCGAAGUCCAGCAUGCGGCUCCCAGAGACGGGACAGGACAAGGACA